AUGUCUGAUCACUACGACACCCUCGGCGUGCCGCGCGGCGCCACCACCAGCGAGAUAAAGCGCGCGUACCGCGCUCUAGCGCUUCGGUGGCACCCGGACAAGAAUCCCGGCGACCGAGAGGCGGCGGAGGCCAAGUUUGUGGCCAUCUCGGCGGCGGCGGAGGUCCUCUGCGACGAUCAGAAACGCGCGGCGUACGACCGCGGCGGCUCG